AUGGCGCAAAAAAAAGCAAGUCAAAGCGAACUAGAAAAUUUAACCUCCCCAGAAAUAAAAAAAAUUAUCGAAAAUAUCACUAAGGAAUACGGCGAAGGGAUCAUUACUACCUUGGGAGAAAGUAAAUUUAAAGACCAGCCUACUUUAUCCACUGGAAGUAUCAUUUUAGACCAUGAAACCGGAGGUGGGUAUCCCCUGGGAAGAAUUGUUGAAAUUUAUGGAGAAAAUUCCAGCGGGAAAACUACUUUAGCCCUGCAUGCCAAUAUUGGGGUAGAUAUUGAUGGAUUGUUGGUUCUUCGCCCUCGUCAUGGCGAGGAAGCUUUUAAAUUAGUAACUGAUUUUAUUCGGGGUGGUGCAGGUCUAAUUGUUAUCGAUUCGAUAGCCCCCUUAAUACCGCUUGAAUUAUUAGGAAAUUGGGAAAGACCACCUAUUGGUGCUCAUGCUAAAAUGUUAAAUAACGGUUUAAGACAAAUUAACCACGAAAUGACUAACCGCGAAACAAUUAUAAUUUUUAUUAAUCAGAUUCGCUACAAAAUACCAACUGGCUUCACUUUUGGUAAUCCAGAAACUACCACUGGAGGAGCAUCUUUGCCUUACUAUGCCAGUUUACGAAUAAAGUUAAAAAAUAAAAAGGAGGAAGUCGAAAAGGGAGGAAAAUAUAUCGGAAUUAAAAUUUGUGCUUGGGUUUUAAAAAGGAGGGCGAUUCUUUCUCAAGUUUCUUCCAAAGAUAAAAAAAAACCUACUGAUAUUGAAUUAAUGUUCGAAGGUGGUAUCCAAAAAGAACGAGAAAUUUUUGACUUGGCUACUGAAUUAAAUAUCAUUCAAAAAAGCGAAAACCCCGAACUUUAUCAAAAAAUUGAACAAGAGGUGUUUGAAACCAUUAAUGCCGAUAAAUAA